UUGGUCCGGACUGAGGCUUUCGGGACGGCGGUGGGAAGAUGGCGACCUCCAGGGACCAGCUUGGAACCUUGGAGGCAGAGGGGAGCUCGGGUCGCCAGGGAUACUCCGGAGUCGAGGUGGUGCUUUCUUCUGAUCCCGCCACCCCAGCCCCGCUGUGCCCUCACGGACCUACUCUUCUGUUUGUAAAGGUGAACCAAGGGAAAGAAGAAACACGGAGGUUUUAUGCCUGCUCAGCUUGUAGAGAUAGAAAAGAUUGUAAUUUUUUUCAAUGGGAAGAUGAAAAGUUGUCAGGAGCCAGACUUGCUGCCCGGGAAGCCCAUAACCGAAGCUGUCAGCCACCUUUAUCCCGAUCUCAGUGUGUGGAAAGGUACUUGAAGUUGAUCGAGUUGCCCUUGUCUCAGAGAAAGUUUUGUCAGAGCUGUCAGCAGUUGCUGCUACCGGAUGAUGAGGAGAAGCAUCAUGAACAUCGGGUAGUGGGUGAUGUUUCUAUCACCCAGUUAAAAAGGCCCAGUAAACUCCUCUAUCCACUGGAAAACAAGAAGACAAAUGCCCAGUAUUUGUUUGCUGACCGGAGCUGUCUGUUCUUGGUAGACCUGCUCUCGAACCUUGGAUUCAGAAGAGUACUGUGUGUUGGGACCCCAAGGUUACAUGAGCUGAUCAGGUUGAAAGAAUCAGGUGGCACGAAGUCUAACAUUAGAAGCCUUUUGUUGGAUAUUGAUUUUCGGUAUUCACAGUUUUAUAUGGAAGAUAGUUUUUGCCAUUAUAAUAUGUUUAACCAUCACUUCUUUGAUGGAAAGGCUGCCCUUGAAGUGUGCAAGACAUUUUUACAGGAAGAUAAAGGUGAAGGAGUCAUCAUGGUGACAGAUCCUCCAUUUGGUGGCUUGGUUGAACCUCUGGCUGUUACAUUCAAGAAGUUAAUUGCUAUGUGGAAAGAAGGUCACAGCCAAGAUAACAGUCAGAAAGAACUACCCAUAUUCUGGAUUUUCCCCUAUUUUUUUGAAUCCCGAAUUUGUCAGUUUUUCCCAAACUUCUGCAUGUUGGAUUACCAGGUAGAUUAUGAUAAUCAUGCACUUUAUAAACAUGGAAAGACGGGACGGAAACAGUCUCCUGUGCGUAUUUUCACGAAUAUCCCACCUAACAAAGUAAUCCUUCCUAUUGAAGAAGGGUACAGAUUUUGCCCACUGUGUCAACGAUAUGUUUCUCUAGAGAAUCAACACUGUGAACACUGUAAUUCUUGUACAUCCAAGGAUGGCAGGAAAUGGAACCAUUGCUUUCUCUGCAAAAAGUGUGUAAAGCCUUCCUGGAUCCACUGUAGCAUUUGCAAUCACUGUGCUCUUCCAGAUCAUUCUUGCAAGGGCCCUAAAGACGGCUGCUUUAUUUGUGGUGAAUUAGAUCAUAAACGGAGUGCUUGUCCUAACAUCUCUACAUCUAAGAAAGUUAACAAAGCUGUCAGAAAGCAGAAGCAAAGAAAAAGCAAUAAGAUGAAAAUGGAGACCACUAAAGGACAAUCCAUGAAUCAUACAUCUGCUACAAGGAAGAAGAAAAGGAGAGAAAGAACCCAUCAAUAUCUUUGCUCUUAAAUGUCCAGUGACUUGAGAAUAAGAAAGAUUUAUAGUCCAACCUUUGAUGCCAUUUUCUGAAAGUGCCAUGUUAGACUUAAAUUCUGUUGCUUUCAAAGGUAUGCACCUUUCUAAGCUUGAAAAUAAGGAGGUGGUAUUUUGCUGGUUUAUAGACACCCCCCCUUAAUACCCCCCUCCCCACACACACACACACACACACUGCAGCCCCUCUGGAGACCUUCACUGACUUACUAGCUUUUGGUGCCUUUUUUCUCUCUUUACAUCUCUUCCAGUCAUAUUAUUUUAGCCUCUUUUAUCUGAAAAAUGGGCACAGAGCAUUCUUUUGCAGAAACAAAGAAAAAAAUAAGAAUGAAAACCUGAGGUUUUGUUUAUAUUGAACAUAGGAAUAUGUUGUUAGAUAUUUUAAAUUAAAUGUUAAAAUAUUGUACAGUGGCUUAAAUCUCACUUGUAAAGAGAAAUACAGUGUACAGUUGUUGUUUUUUUAAGACAGAAUCUGAAGAUGGAAAGAAUUUUGACAAAGGCAGUCUAAAACAAUUAUGGUUAUAUUAAUAUUAAAUAUUAAUUUUUCAACUA